UUGUCUUGAAUUCUUGAUGCGAUUUCGAAGUGCGAAAAUAGUUUCUCUGCCGCAUUAUUCGGUCACUCGAUACUUUCGAAUCUGAGAUGGCGCAGAUUGGUAGGGGAGGAAAGGAUAGAUUCCGCCGGGAUUACUUGCCGAGAUUCGAAGAGAAGGGUUUUCAUGGGAAGAACACCAACCCCCCUUCACGAUGCCUCUGGGUGGGGAAUUUAUCUCACCACGUAACCGAGAAGGCUCUCUCAGAGCAGUUUUUGCGGUUUGGCGAGCUUGAUGGUCUAGCUUUUCAACCGGGUCGUAGUUAUGCUUUCAUUACCUUCAGGAAAGAGGAAGAUGCUACCCUCGCAAUAAGGGGACUUCAAGGUUUUGUUGUAUCCGGCAUGCCAUUGAAAAUCGAGUUUGCGAAGGCGGAAAGGCCAUUAGCAUUCGCACAUGAUGAGGACCACCAGAAACAUCAAGAUGAAGGACGCUCUGUUGAUCUUGCAAUGCCAUUCUUUCAGAGAGAUUCAAGAAUACGUCACACUAGUCCUGAACAAUUAUAUCCUGACAAGUCUAGGAUGGGGGAUAAAAAUGCCGAGCCAAGUGAGAUGUUAUGGAUAGGAUUUCCGGCUUUUUUGAAUGUAGACGAGACAAUCUUCAGAAGGGCCUUUAUGCCAUUUGGUGAGAUUGAGAAGGUUACUGUGUUUCCUGGUCGCAGCUAUGCCUUUGUGCGAUUCAGGAGUGUAGUAGCUGCUUGCAGAGCAAAAGAAGCUCUUCAGGGAAAACUAUUUAAUAAUCCACGUGUAAAUAUAUGCUUUGCAAAGAGUGAUAGUGGCCCAUCUGAGCAUGGAAGGAAUUCAUUGACCCCUUUAUCCCCUCUUUUCAAGUCAAAGAGUCACCCUGGACAACAACCCCCUGAGAGUUUCCGACUGGACAGAAAUUUUGGGAGUUCAACUGGAGAAACCCAUACGGGAUCCCCACAUUUUAUUUCUAAUUUGGAGUCUGGAGAUUCUGGUGUCACUGGGCUUGGUAGGAACAAUUCUUUAUGGACAGGUGGUGGCGGUCCCUUUGAACAGAUCAGGUUACAAGCUCCGGGAUCCAAACUGGGACCAUCAGAAGACGUAUAUGAACGUAACAGAAGCAGUUCUGCAAGAGACAGGGGUGCUCGCCGUCAUGAUUUUUCUCCCGAUAGACAUUCUCUAAAAAGUUCACUUUUUGAAAAUUCUUGGAACUUGACAGAUGAUCCUUUUCUUUUCCGAGAAGCUAAGAAAUUAAAGACUGGGACGUUUCCUCCUGAGAAAGAACUUCCAGAGUAUCCUUUUUCUGAUUUAGAACAAGACAAACCACAUGGUGGUGUGCCAAGGAUGUUCCCAUAUUUACCAGAGCGCGAGGCCUACGAUAAAAACUUUGAGUCUGGACCAUUGAAUUAUAAAUGGAUUCCUGAUCGCGCCAUGAACUUAAUCCGUGCUCAUGGGGAAGGAGAUGAUCAUGGGAGAUCCUCCUUUGACCGCUUUGAUGCAGGUUCUGGUUCUUUGCCUAAUGCUGUAAAAUGGCAAAGAUUAAGUCCUGAGUUACGUCAGUCUCCUCGAAAUGAAGAAUGGAAGUGGGAAGGGACAAUAGCAAAGGGAGGAACUCCUGUCUGUCGUGCUCGCUGUUUUCCUGUUGGAAAAGUCCUGGACAUCAUGCUGCCUGAGUUUUUAAAUUGCACAGCAAGGACAGGUCUUGAUAUGCUUGUGAAGCAUUUUUAUCAAGCAGCCAGUGUUUGGGUUGUUUUCUUUGUUCCAGAAAGUGAUGCCGACAUUGCAUUCUAUGAUGAAUUCAUGCAUUAUUUGGGGGAGAAACAGCGAGCAGCAGUUGCUAAAUUGGGUGAGAAGACUACCUUGUUUCUUGUGCCACCAUCAGAUUUCUCUGAGAAAGUUCUGAAAGUACCUGGAAAAUUGAGCAUAUCUGGAGUCAUCUUGAGGUUCCAGUACCCCAAUUCUAAUUUUGGUUCCCCCCAUCAUCCACUUGAAACUAUGGAUUCCAAGCUCCCAUUAUUGCAUGAGGAUUUACUGUAUCCAAAAUCAGCCUCACCUGAUGUUAGGUCAUCUGCCUGGGGUCAAAGUCAAAACUAUGUGAACUCAUCUUCAGAACCUACUCCAUCAGGAACUUCUUUCUCUGCAUCAAGGAAAGCAGCAGUUGAAAAUCCUUAUUUGAGGAUUAUGGCUGGACCAGCUUCAUCUGCAUCAUUAGAAGGAUCCAUUCAUUCAGUUGGACUGUUACCUGAGUCUCUGAAUGAGAGCAGGUAUGACCAGUCACUUCAGUGUCACAAUCCUGCGUUUCCCUCCAACUGGUCUCACGAUUUGCGGACCCUAAAUCCUGAUGCCGAAAAUAUACCUACCCAGAUAUCCAGCAAUUCUGCUGUCUGUCCUGAUGAUUCCAUCACACAGGAAUAUCAUCCUAUGAAGCCAAGGGUUAAGCAGGAGGCAAGCUUGGGUCAUUUCUCACCUGGAAUUUUAGGUAUUCCUGUAUCUGGUGGCAGCAAGUUCACUCAACAGGAAACCAAAUCGCAGGCAUCUACAUCUCUAUCCAUUCCACCACUGCAGCCUGAACAGCUUGCGCAGUUGACAUCUCUUCUCAGACAAAAGCAGGAAUCCAGAAAUGUGCCUGCUUUCUCCCUAGGUGAAGAUAGUAAACAGACAGUCCUAAUGAAUCAGGCUGCUCCAGUUCGAUCAUCACAGAGCUCUAAUAUACGGAAUCUUACAUCUUCUUCUAACCCUUCAAGUUCACAGAUUGGUCAAGGGCAGUUGCUGCAGGCAACAGCCUAUGCUCCUGCAAUUCGUUUAACAGGUACUGAGCAGCAGAUUGGGGGAACCGAAUGUCAUGGGAAUCAACCAUUGCAGAGUAAUGGUGCUAGAGAAGAGAUGGAAGCAGAUCCACAGAAACGUCUCCAAGCGACAUUGCAGCUGGCUGCAGCUCUUCUCCAACAAAUUCAACAGCAAGCAAAGACUGUUGAUCAGCGGUAGUUCUAUAUUGCUGGGUGGAGUUAUCUGUCUUUUGUUUACUAAGAGGAAGGGGUCGUGAUCAUUUCUCUUGUAGAUCCCCCCCCCCCUCUCAGUUCAGGAAACAAAGUGUUCAGUAUCGUUAAAAAUUCGUGUUGCCAUAACUCAGAAUUUGAUGCUACCCUCUCCUUUUGGCUUCUUCUAAUCCUUUUUCUUUUUAAUCUUUCAGUAAUUUCUCUUUAUUCUGAUAAGUGGGAAAUUAAUAGAUAUAAUGCCCCAAUUGUUCAAA